AUGAACGCUCUGAUCUCAGCCUAUGUGACCCACGGGGAGCCGGAAAAGGCACUGGAGUGGGAGAGGAGAUUAAAGACGUCGGGAGCGGGUCCUGAUAGAGGCACGUAUGCCGCUAUGCUGAAGGCGUAUGGGCAGAGCGGGCAGGUGGAUAAGCUGGAAGCGACUUGGAUCUCAUCUCCUCUCCCUUGCUCCUCCCAACCCUUACUACCUCACCCAUCCCCACCCUCUCCCCUGCAGGCCUUUCAAGAGCUGAGGUUGCAGCAGGCGCCAGUAACCGAGACAUUCAACUCCCUGGUAUUCGCAUACGCACACAACCACCUGUUCCCCAAGGCCAAGGAAACAAUCAUUCAGAUGGACGCAGCGGGCAUGCGCCCUGACGGAAUCACCUUCCUGCACCUCCUCCGCGGCUACCUCUCCGCCAACCAGAUCGACGACGCGGUUACCACGUUACACGACGCGGUGGCGGCCGGCGCGCACAGGGCGCGGAUGAAGCUGCCGUUCCACGCGUUUGCCGAGGUGCUGGGCGGGUUUGUGGAGGCGGGGGAUGUGGGGAAGGUGCGGGAGCUGGUGGGACUUGCGAGGACCAUGUAUCGCACCGAUGCAAACCUCUUCAACUCCAUUCUCACUGCCAUUGUUAACGACUGGAAGAGGAGGGGGGAUGGAGCAGGAGAAGAGGCGGGAGGCGGGGAUUUUGUGAGUGAGGUGCGGGGGGUGCUGGAGGAAAUGAUUGAUGCAGGGGUGAAGGCCAAUGGUGCCACGGAGGAGAUCUUGCACCCGCUGGGGCUCAGCCAUUUGAUCGACCAGGUUGGUCUGGUUCGGGCAGCGCAGCAGCAAGGAGCGGGCGGGUAUUGA